AUGUCGCUUCCAAGACGCCAUCUCAAGGACGUCUCGAAUGAUCUCAGACUGCUAGGAUUUCAAGUUGGCCCAAGAUCUACAUCGAAGCUUGGUGGUGUCGAGGAGCCACCUCAAGUCACGCCACCAAAACCGCUCCCGCUUCCGGACUACCGUAGUGAUCUGGAAUUGGAUACCGAGAUUCAGGACGCCAUUGCUCAUCACAAGAAGAUCUCCUCACUCUACGCCAUGAAUUUGGAUUCUGAGACCGAUGAAGCACCAUCACUGCGAGAUAUCCCGGCGUCUAACAAGUGGUCUUACGGCUUCGUGCCGCCAUGUGGUGGAUACGAUAUCUCACAGGAUCGGUUGAAAGUGGUGAAACCUAGUCAGGACGCCAAAGCGCCGGAGGACUACGGUUGCUAUUUAUCACGUGAGGUUCAUUUUGACCACCUGCCACCACGUACCCUUGACAACUCUAAGGAUCGUCUUCCACUUCAAGCCAGACCACUCCCAGUUAGAGUCCUGGACUCCAAGACUCAGCACGAGAAUCGUGAGCACUACGGUAGCGACGAUUCGUCAUUUGAUGAUUUUGACGAUUUGCAUUUUGACCACCUGCCAUUACGUAGCCAUGACAACUGUAAGGAUCGCCCAAGACCCCUGGCCCCGCUUCCACCUCCACCACCACCACAAGUCACUCCACCACGCCCUCUCCCUCAAUCCCCAUAUUCCUUCACAAUCGACCAGGAACUCCGUCUAGAGCACGCCUUCCAAAGAGAUGGACGCGGAAUGCCGUAUAAAAUAUUGGCUCGUGCGAUUCAAGCGGAUCUUGAUGAAGUGUAUGACUGGUUUAAUAAGCGCCUGGAGCGCAAGUCAAAGAUGUUGGCGGCAUAUAAGAAGCCCGUUCCCAACACACCCAAAAAGAUUAUCCCGGAUGCCUUUGGGCUCCGCCUACUUGACUUGAAUUUCGCCCAACUUUACGCGCUUGAAGAGUAUUAUAACCGUGGUGUCUACUUUGUACCGGAUGAGGUAGAAAAGAAGGCUCGUGAGAUUCAAGCAGAGCUCUCGGAGGUUCACGAAUGGCUCAGAAGACGUGAGUGGCUUGAGGAGAAGCGGACUGGAAGGAACGCUGAUAUUUAUUGGUUGCCGGCCCCGAAAGAAGAGAUGAAGAAGCGGGAUAUUGUAGCCCAGAAGGUUCUUGUCAAGGAGACUCGCGGAGAGGAUAGUAAUGAGAAAGUGAAGAGUCCGUCGGAAGAAAUUCUGGAGCUGAAGAAGCAAUUGGAGCAAGAGAGGAUGGAGCAUGAGGAGACAAAGUCUCAACUAUCUCGCGCCAAAAUCUUUGUCUCCGCUCGAAACUUCAGCGUUUCGGAGCUAAAAAAGCAAUUGAAGCAGGAGAAAAAGGAGCAUGAAGAGACAAAAUCCCAACUCACCCACGCCAACCACACCAUCACCUCCCAAGCCACCGACAUCCGUGAACUCAACUUCUGGGUGGCCACUUUAAGACAGAAGUCUUCAUCUCCAGAUGACUCGCGUGUCACCAAUCUGGAGAAGCAAAUGGAUCAGAUGGUCAAAGAUAUGGAGGCUCUCAGGACAACUUCACCUUCUCUCCGGGGUCUGAUAGCGGCUGAGAUCAAGAGAUAUGCGACGGAGCCUUCUAUGGUUGAAGAGGUGAAGAAGCAGAAGAAGGCGGAGCUUCAGAAGGAGAAUUUUUACCGAAUUCAGUUCUCAAAGUCGUUGGAGACAGUUGCGGAGAAGGAUAAGGAGAUUGAGGAGCUCAAAAAGAAUCUUCAAAUGAUCCAAAACAUUAAUUACGAACUUCAUGACACAAUUAAACAGAAAAACUUGUUGGUUGAGACGAUGACUGAGCACGUGAAGGAGUCGGAGCAGAAGAUUUGUGAUUUGGAGGCGGAGCUUGAGAAGAAGUUGGUGCCAGCGAAGCCGGUGAUUAAUCUAAGGAACCGGCGCCUCCCAAAGUAUUAUGGAUUGGAGCCCAAGGGAUCUGAUGGUACCGGGAUUCGUGAGAAAGAGGAGACCCUCAGAGCAAACGCCGAUAAGGUUAUGGAUGGGAAGUAUUAA